CAUUAUAUCUAAGGGCAAUUCUUUGCCACGAGCUUGAGAGAUGGGGGGCAGGAUCGGCGACAAGGGAAUGAAAAAAAUCUUUUACUAUUAGUUCUAGGUGUCUAUGCUAUGGGAAGACAGUCGAACGAUGGGGUAAUUGAACCGUUACUGGUGCACCACUACCAUCAUGAGAAAGAAGGGCACAAAACGGCACGAAACCCUAAAUCUUAUCAGAUCCGCACGCUAGAUCAGAUUAGAUCAUUGUCAUUCGAUGGUCUAUGUCCCACGUAUGUAAGCUAAAACACGACCAGUUGGCUUGGCAUAUGCUAUUAAUCGUGGAUU